AUGGCUACCUCAAUCAUCAGUCGUGGAUCAGAUACAUUGGAUAUCUGGCCACGACGCCCCGCUCCAAAGGUCGAUAUUGAUCUAGUCGGACAAAAGCCAGGCCUGGUCAAUUCAUACACAAGUGGAGAUCGCGUUGAAGGUGUCGCAAACAUCACUGUUGACCAUGAGACGCGUUUCGAUGAGAUUGAAAUCAUUCUGCAAGGCAACUCCUCUACAUUAGUGGAACGCGUUUCAUGUCCCGGUCGCACAGGUGCUCAGCAUAUGUUCCUUAAGCUCCGUCAACCAAUCGAAGAUUCUGAAUACCCUACCCCGCGGGUACUGGAAGCUGGUCGCACUUACAAAUUCCCUUUCAUGUUUGUUGUUCCUGAUCAUCUGCUGCCACAAGUCUGCACGCACCCGAAGAAAAACAACCAGAUUCACCGGGCGCACACCAUGCUGCCACCAACUCUGGGUGAUCCCAUGAUAUCAGCGAAUGGAAAGACUUUAUUGGAUGAUAUGGCGCCAAGCAUGAGCCAAAUUGCAUACAUCAUUCGGGUCGGAGUGAUGAAAAAGUCCUCAUCCGAUUCUAACACCGUCAAAGCAUUGGCAAAUGUCGCUAAGAAGAUCCGCAUUAUUCCUACCAUGGAGGAAGAACCACCCAUCGAUACAGUCGGUCACACCUACUACCGCACUCGCAAUGAAAAGACCGUAAAGCGUGGCUUUCUGCGAGGAAAGCAGGGACAGAUGGUCGCUGAGGCUGCGCAACCAAAGCCAAUCCGUUUAUUCCCUCUGACAUGUGGGCCCUGCGAUACUGUCAGCACAGUUGCCAAAGUUCAGCUGCGAUUUGAGCCUAUGGGAGAUGAACAACCACCCCGACUGGGCUCCAUGACUAGCAAGCUUAAAUCGAGCACCUUCUAUGGCUGCAACCCUUGGGAGGAUUUCCCGUCUCAAUCCAAUGGGGUUCCCUUCUCGCAGGUUGGACAGGGUCUGUUCAAUGAAUCAAGCACAUUGUCAACUAUGUGUGUUGCAGCUGCUCAAUGGGAAAAGCAAUCUGUUUCAGACGUUGAACGCCGAGACUCAGUAAACUCCACCGUCUCCAAUAUCUCCAGCCCCUCCGCCUCCUUCUCCGGGGACACAUACUACACAGCUUCGCUCCUGAUCCCUGUGUCUCUUCCCAACUCAAAGGUCUUUGUGCCUACUUUCCACUCUUGCCUGAUGUCUCGAGUCUAUUCCCUGGACCUCAACCUCACCUACCACACACCCGGGGCGAAUGGCGUUGACUCUGUCAAGUCUUCGCUCGGUAUUGUCGUCACACAGGACGAGGUUGAUGAAUUCUUUCGACCUCGCUUGAAUUCGGUUGUGACUCAAGCUGUGAUCGAUGUCGCAGCACCACCUGAGUACUCGGAAACUAUUGCCAGUCCCAAUCUGCGCAGCGUCGUCCAAGCUACUCAGUAG